AUGCCUGCUUAUCUCUAUUACACUCCGUCUGAUCAUCGAGGGCUCCCUUUUAUCGGCCAAGAGAAGCUGUACCGAUUCUUUAAUGGAACUGCUCUCGAGAUGCUAUACAGAAUAAAUGUUGGAGGGGGCUUCAUAUCACCCGCUGGAGAUACAGGAAUGUUCCGUACCUGGAAUCCGGACUACAAGUACUUGACAGAAGAUAAAACAUCUGUUCUACCAGUUAGCACCACUAUUGAACUAAAAUUCAGCCACAUACCUCGGUACAGUGCACCGGAAGAAGUCUAUAGAACUGCCCGCACUCUGGGGACUAACAAAUCCUUGAAUAAGUUAUACAAUCUCACUUGGCAACUUCCCGUGGAUUCUCAGUUUGAUUACCUUGUUAGGUUACACUUCUGCGAGUUUCAACCAGAGGUUAAAGCGGUGGGCAACCGACAAUUCCUCAUAUUCAUUGCAAAUCAAUCCGCUGAGAGGGCAGCCGACGUGAUAAAAUGGAGCGGUGGGAGUGGGGUUCCCGCAUAUAUGGACUACGCUGUGUCGAUGUUUGGCAUAGAAAGCCAGAAAAGAGUGAACCUCUCUAUCGCCAUAGCUGCAGAUCCACUUAAGUGGGAAACUAUGUACCGUGAUGCAAUCUUGAACGGUAUCGAAAUCUUCAAAGUCAACGACACCAAUGGAAAUCUCGCCGGACCCAACCCCAACACACUUCCGCUGACCCUUCCAACGGCAACAAAGUCAAAUAACAAUAGAAAAAAAAUAAUGGCCAUUGUCGGUGGCGGAAUUUCCGGCAUUAUUGUUCUGUUCAUUCUCGGAUUCUUGAUUCUCCGGCGAGCCAAGACUACUUGGCGUUGGCGGGGUCCAUUUUCUUUCCACACGUCCAAGUCAACAAAGACUCACGGAUCAACGCUACCGUAUUUGUGUCGUUACUUCUCAUUGGCUGAGAUUAAAGCAGCGACCAAAAACUUUGACCAAAAUUCCAUUGUUGGUGUCGGUGGGUUCGGUGACGUGCAUAAAGGGUACGUACACAUUGAUGGUGGGGCCACCCACGUUGCGAUCAAACGGUUGAAACCCGGUUCUCAACAAGGGGUCCAGGAGUUCAAAACAGAAAUUGAGAUACUAUCUCAGCUCCGCCACCACCAUCUCGUUUCUCUAAUAGGAUAUUGCAAUGAUGGCAACGAGAUGAUCCUUGUGUACGAUUUUAUGCCUGGUGGGACUCUUUGUAGUCAUCUCUACAACAAAAUUCUUUUAAUUGAUAUUGGUAAUAUCUUAGAACUUAGUAAUUCUUUUAAUUGUUGCAGCUUGUAUUUUAUUAGGAGAAUAUUCAACUUUGCCGCUCAUGUUACUGCAAAACUAGCUACUAAUAUUAGGAGUUCUUUUUGUUUGGAACAAGCAUGA